UAGCAGACGGUAAAUCAUGAGUUAGAAAAAAAACGGCUCACAGAUGCUCUCUCAUGAACAUACCAACGACAACACCAUUACAAAUUGCAUUAGUUCUGGUAACAUUUAGUUCAAGUAAACAUAGAGUUCGUUUGUUUAUUUUUGAAAUUUCAAGCUCAGUAACACUUUUCAAUUUUCACUGAUUUCAGUUUGUGGGGCAGACGAAAUGCACAGGAUCAUUUAGGGUAGACAAAAACAUAUUGGCGUUAGGUUAACCUUUACGGGGUAACUCACGUGAUAAUGUUACAGCAAUUCACAAUAUAAACCUCUUUUAAGAGUACGUUUCUUAUUUACUAGUCAUUCCAGUUCUUAAGUUUACCUUCUACAUCUUACAGAAAUUUACUAAAUAAGCUAAUAGAAAAGCACAAAUAUGUAACUAUUUGUCAUUCUGACUUACCAAUUAAUGAUGGCAAAGUGUGCUUAACUAAUUACUAAAAUCCAAAAAAAGAGUAUGUUCAUGAACUUAGAGCAGUGUACAUCAAAUGUGUAUAUUUUCUUUAAUUGAAUCAUUUAAAGAACACAGAUGCAUCAGUAUUUAUGAAAACCAGUAAUACAGAACCAAAACAUGAGUGUGAAAAUAUGCAACAGGAUGCAUAGAAGCCAAAAAGAUUUAUAUAUUUCAUUAAUGUACCUUGACAAAUAAUUUUGACUUUGAGCAACAUCUGUAACUGCUGAUCCACUGCUGGACAAGAAGUGCCAGCUUCUUCUGGACCACUUAUCCAACAGUCUAUGGAAAUCCAUUACUACACCUAUCUACCCCAGUUUCCUUCCAAUCCACACACACACACUCUCUGAUCUGAUGCUCUAUAUCUGACAAAAACAAUGGAAGAAAAAAAUGCAUUUGUUGAGGGUGAACAAACGUCAUCAAAGCUCUCAACAGAUUCAUGGGAACAUCGGCGAAAGAGUCACAUGGAAAGUCUCAACAUUCAACUGGAUGUAACUGCUUCCAGUUCUCAUUGUGCUGUCGUGCAGCAUCCAGGUUUGGCGCCUGAGGCAAUCAGCAGUGAUGGCAACCCAUCCUUGCUGAGUCUGAUCCAGCUGGCAUGUGUGGCUCGCUAAAUUUGUCCUGCAAACACCUUGUGGUGCGAAUGGCCAUUGUUUUGUGCAGUACGACAUGCUGACAGCAGAAAAUAUGAUAUUCAUGGUGGCAGCCCGGUUUAUCAUUGGUGACAGCAGCUAUGACCCAGAUGUCAGGAAAUUUCCCCUUCAAGUAGUGGUGAAGCUUGGUCAUAUUGGUAAAACUUCUCUCAGCAUCAUCUCAACUGUGAAUACCCUGGGUGGACACGCCAUGAUAACAGCUGUCACCCAGAUGGUCUUAAUUGACCGAAGCACCCGUCGCUCUACACCAUUGCCUGAACAGUGGCGCCAGUCCUACACCUCCCGCACCUCAUCAAAAGAUCCCCUUCGAGUAGAUCUUCAGAAACCUCCAUCUGAAGCCAUUGCUGGUCAAAGCCCGUAUGUCGUUACUGUGGGUGGAGUGACACAGAUCACAAUGCACACACUAACUUCACCAGCUACAUCCGUUUUGCUGUUGAUGCCGUACAUCAUGCUGUCAGAAAAGGGCAACUACGGGGGCAACAGUUGCUGCAGAAGAUGGCAGCAGGCAUAAGGGAAAUGAGAGUAGUGUACGCCAAUGAGAGCCGGGAGGGCGAUGUGUUGGAUGUGCAUGUGUGGGAGCUUGAGGAUGGAGGUGUUGUGUGCUCUGUGUCCAAGGACAAUCAGACCUUGUGUCAGGUUACACUUAUCUUCCAAAACUCAUCAACACCAGUGCAGCUAUGUCCAUCUAACAUUAAUGGUCUUUGACAUGUAAUAUGCAGGCAGGUUAGCAAGUGAGGACAGGUCAUUCCAGGGACUUUCUAGUCAUUGUUUUGAUCUAAUUUUUAAGCACCACAACCUUAUGGAUGGUGCACAUGUUAAUCCAAAUGUGACCUUUAUUAGAGAAACAUAGUUAAAUAACAAUAAGCAGAAUUUUUAGACUGUGCCAUUGUCUGGCAAUGUUUUGGUAAGUAACUGGCUUGGAAUUCUAAACUGUGGGUUCAAAUGCUUUAAGAGAUUGCUUGCCAAAGAUGGAAAGGAAGAAUUUUUGUUUUUCGAGCGAAAAGGCAUCCUCAGAUCUUGAUGAGUGCCUAUGAUGGUUUAUGGUGGUGAAAAUAAAUAUAGCUGGACAUAAAAUAAUGCUGUAUGAAGCAGCACCACUAAAGAUUUUUCUUCUUUGAUAAGUUUAGCGAAUUAUUCUUACAGCCUAUUUUGUCUUAAAUCUAUAAAUUUAGGUAUUAUCAGAAUUUUACCUCAACGCUGCUGCAAUUUAAAGAUUGGUCUUGCCAUGAUAUAACUAACCUACAUUAAUAUUAAAGAGGAUCAAUACAGUG